GGGAAAAGUUAAGCAUCCAAUAUGGCGACUUCCACAGGACAAGAUGGAAAGACUGUCUGCUCCUCGGAUGUGGAUCUAUUACUGCACCCUGAGCUGUUGUCUCAAGAGUUUAUGCAGCUUAUCUUAAUUGGGAAACAUAUCAGUACCACAGGCUGUGAUAGUCGGGACCGACUCACAGAGAUUUACCUCCGGCAUGUCAUCCCGCGGCCGCAGAGGACUUUACCCGACAGCCGCUGGGGAAAGAGGAUGGAGAAGACCCGAAGGAGACAGACCCCGGUCGGACACAGUUCCAGUAACGACCACAGUAGGAAACGGCCUCUGAUUGUGUUUGAUAGCAGCUCCUCUCACUCCGGCCCGCUGAAAGUAAAGAAACCAGAGGGAAGCACCAUGUCACCGGGAAUCACGGACAGGUUGAAACCUCCUCCUGCUGCAAACCCGUCCAACCCCAUCCGCAAGCUUUCUGGAAACACAUCUUCCUCUUCUUCUUCCUCUUCGUCUUCCUCGUCCAUUCGUUGCAGCACUGACACAGCAAACCUCAAGCGAGAGGCAAGCAGCUCGAAUGCAAUGGAGUCUCCAGAGAUGAAGAAAAAGAUCCAUCAUGUGUCAUGGCCCUGACCUCUGACCCCUAUUCACACAGACCUGAAGGACAGACCACUCCCUCCACCCCCCCCCCCCCCCACCCCCCCACCCCCCCCCAGCCCAGAUGUUGUUGCCCAUUACCGGUGCUCUCCCCAUCACAGUUAUCCCACUAAUUACAUCACAUCACAGAAGGUGUGUGUGUGUGUGUGUGUGUGUGUGUGUGUGUGUGUGUGUGUGUGUGUGUGUGUGUGUGUGUGUGUGUGUGUGUGUGUGUGUGUGUGUGUGUGUGUGUGUGUGUGUGUGUGUGUGUGUGUGUGUGUGUGUGUGUGUGUGUGUGUGUGUGUGUGUGUGUGUGUGUCCACGUCACAGCUCUCCUUCAGUCCUGAGAGCUGACAGGAUGAGGUGCCGCUUCCUUGUUGCUCUCCACAACCUCAAGUGUCCUUACCAUCGAUGAUCAGCAAUUCUUCUCAAGAGCCACAGAUGAAGACCUCCUAGAGGACAAAACAAGUAACACAAGUUUUGUUUUCUAAAAUUCCAUUUAUAGAAAUGAUGGUUGUUGAUAUUAUGUUUCUGUGAACAUGUUGGUUUUGGUCAGAUGGCCUCCAGUACUGCCUCGCAAGGGUUGAAGGGUGAUUUUUGUUUUAUUUUAAAAUGUUGUAAUUGCUAGUAUUAUGACUUUAAUAGACAGAUUGAUUUUGA